AUGACCGUGUCACGGUCUCAGCUCGAUCCCCAGAUCCACAUCGGCGAGGACGCCUUGAACACCCCGGCCGGAGCUUUCAUCUCGUGCGAUGAAGGAAGUGAGCCAUCUCGCCGGACACUAGGAUGCGUGGACAAGAUGUACGGACGACCUCAGCCCGACCGUCCGCCGCAGCCUGAAUGGCGACAGCCUCCGCGGCGUCCAAGUGGACAACAGUCAGAAGCCCCUGGGCCAACGCCUCCACCGCGACCGCCAACAACAGGCACAUAUUCUCCAGCAACAUAUGGUCCCAUCUCGACGCCGACAACAAACACAGGCACCUCCCAGCUGGCGGGGCCCGGCGCAGAUCCGCGAACGUGGGGUGUGCGGUACAACCAGCAGAUACAUCCGAUCUACGCUCCACCGCCAUUACCACCUCGCCCUCCAAGUGUCGAUGAGACAUCUCAAAUUUAUACACAACCGCAGCCACCACCACCACCGCCGCCGGUGAACACCAGCGGCUCCCCCCCACCAUCUACUCUCGGCGUAGAGGCAUUCUCAGUCCCUCAGUCUGCGCCGGUGUCGCCAAGUUUUCCACCACCUUACAGCGAACAUGCAGCUCCAAAUCCAACUUCACCUUAUGCGGUGUCUCCAAUACUGGCCCCUCCUCCGCCUCCCCCAAAGAAGCCAAUCGGUUACCAACCAAGCAUUCCGCCUCAGACUUCGCAGACUCCAGAGCGGCCACCGCUGCUUGCGCAGGGUGUAGGGCCGGCGGCAACCCAAGGGUCAUAUGGCUUUACUGGAACUUCUUCCGGUGAUUAUGCUUCCGGGGCUGCUCAAGCCACCUCGACGAGCUCCUCGGCACUGGGCCCAGGCACGCCGUCAGACUGGGAGCAUCUUGGGCCAACCCCAGGUGAAUUUGAUGAUCGUCCCUGGUUUCCCCCGCGGGACCAAUCGCCUCAAUCGCAACAUGAUGUCGCGAGUCUCAACGUACCUCACUCACCGCACCUGAUCUCCACUCCACCUGGAUAUUCCACUGGGUUCGGCAAUGCUUCAACAUCUGGCCCGGAAGACACACCACUCCCUGAAAGAGUGGCUACAGGACAGGGUCCUUCGCGCAACGAAAGUCAUACUGUUUGUCCACAUGGGACUGACAUCAGUUCGCCGAUCAGCCCGUCUAGCGUGCAAGGGAUCCCGCAGGCUCAAACCCUUGCACAGACAAACAAGGUUGACUCGCAAGUCACUUCGCCUGGAUUCUGUGCCGACACCACACUCGGAGCGAUCGAUACACCCCAGCGACAUUCGCCUCCCCCAGUCGAGCCCCCACAAGGAAACACUCUACUGCAGAGCCCCCACACCGAGGAUCUCAUUGCGUCUGAAAUAACUAUCCGAGGCAAUUCGCGGCCAGCCGGAGCUCCGACUAUCGGCCUUGGUCAUGCUCAGAACCCCAGUCAAGGGGAUCCAGCACGGCCAGCGGAUCCCUACGAAGACCUCGAUCCUUGGUUCAAGUCUUCGUUGGUCCGCUAUGUCUCAAUGUUACGAAAAGAGGCAGUCGCAGAUACAGAUGAAGAACGCUUCAAAAUCUUCACGGCAUUUGCAGCAAAGGAGACAAAACUGCGCGAGAUUCUUUACAAUAUUGAGCACGAUCAACCCGAAAAGCAAGCGGCAUCCAGUACCCCAAGCGUGCCGCGCAAGGAUUCACCUGCGGUUUUUGAGUCAGGGGAACCGGCCCUUGAAUCAGGAUUGAUUCCUGUCGAUUCAGAGAAGGCGUCUUCCGCGUCUACACCAGCCAUAGAUGAUGCACAGGAUCUUGACGACAAUGCUAGCGAAUACAGUGCAGGAGGCAGGCCCAUCCUGGGUAAGCAAGCUCAUCGGGCCUCACAAUGGACACCUAAUCUCGCGGCCCUUUCAUCAAAUGACGAGAAGAGUGGCCGUCCAGCAACAACUUCUCUGAACAGCCUCGCACUCGAGGAAAGUGGACCGAAGCAAAGUAUCGAGCCACUUACUACAAAUCCUCCGCGGCCCAUCUACACACCGUUUCAAUACACAGAAGGCCCCCAGCGUGGGUCAGAUAAUCUGACAUUUGAUCGUCCUGCAUACCAGGCCUACUCUGAACUGCGUCAGGCUUCCGCUGUCAGCGGACGGGUACUUUCGGGUAUUCCCCCGUCCAUUCUUCGAUCGCUGCCGGGUGCGCUGUCUACUCGACCCUCCCAAGUUAGAGACAAUGAAACCUUCGUUGGCCUCAUCCGUGAUAGAAGUACUGCCUAUCAGCCUUUGGGUCGCAAGUCCGAUAGCCCAGCCCCACUACUUCCAGGGUCUGACCAGCAAGAACGGAAGUCUGAUGACUUGCUCGAGGCUCUUCGGGCGAUGGUUUUGACCCCUCUUGACAGGCAAUCUCAAACCUCUUGGCAUUUCACCACUUGGAAAGAGCUUGAGAAGUAUCGGGAUGAAUUUGAGUUUGUUCAAGCCCAGAUCGAUGAGUGGGAGAGCUCGAUGAAGCAACGCCGGGUGCAAAUUGAGGAAGCGCGUACUGCUCGUCAGGAGGAGUCGGAGGCUCAUAUCGAUGAGCUCUUCAACGAGAAGGCGAUUGGUUAUGCCGACAUCAAUACAUUAGAGGAAGAUUUCCGCCAGGAUGAAGCACGUGUCCAGCUGGAUGAGGAGCGGGAAGAGGUUGAAAGUUUCGUCCAAAAGGUGUUCAACCCUCUGGACGAGCGCCUGAAAAGCGAGAUUGGGGCGCUCCGCAAGUCAUACGAAUCCGCUCUUAGGCAGCUGAAGCGUGAUCGAAAAGCGCCAGGCUCGCCACUUGAACAGUGCAGUCCCUCCGUUACCAUGAAGCUGAUCAACGCCAUUCAUGCCAAGCUGGAAUUUCGCUUCCAGAAGAGGCUCGAACUCGCGCUGGACUGCGAGCGGCGUCGCAAGAAGGCCGAGCGUCGGCCCCUUGUCUUCAUAGGUGAUAUGGCGGGUUUGCGUAAAUUGGACGGAGAAUUCGAUCAGAUGGAAAAGCGAAAUAUUCUGGAGGCGGCCAAGGACCGCGAUGAUCGCGCCAAUCAGUUGAUGGAUUCAUUUGACGACGCGAUACUUCACGGUCUCGGUCUGAAUCAGAGUCUGCUAGACGAGCUUUCCAGCAGAACAGCCCGAUUGGAUCGCUCCAUACUAGAUUCGUCCGGCUUGUCAACUGCUGAAAUUGAGCAUAUUCUUAAGUCCGCAGUGACCUUUGCAAAUUCGCUUCGUCAAGAUUCAGAGGCAAUCUUGCACAGCUCGGCUGUUGCGGAAUUUGUCCUCAACAACGCCGACUACAAUGUCUCCGUGGCAGAAGCACAAUACGCAAACUCCGAGGCAGAGGUUUUUGAACGACUCGAGCUAGAGAAGAAGAAGGAAGACGCCAUCCUGCGAGAGGAUCACGAAAAGAAAUUGCAAAGCAUAAAAAGUGGUCCAGAAACGCUUGAGGUCACAGUUCGUCAUUUGCUUGAGAAUUUGGAGAAAACGCCGCGAGCCGCGAGCCGAACUCCCAGUCCUGAUCCUACUCCUGCUGCUGCCUCUGCUCCCACGUCGGGCCAGACUGUCAAACGAUCUUCAACGGCUUCGCCAGGCGAGACUGGCUCUCGAAAGGUCACACCGUCUCGACCUCCAAUCGACACGUUGCCCCUUGAACUUCGACCUGCAGUGACUUUGCCUGUUCAAAACUCAGUAUCGACACCCUCCCCCGCUAGUCAAACAACAAUCGAUCCGGAAGUGGAACAUAAGGAAAGACUGCGUCGAGCAUUGGAAGACGCCAAAAGACGCAAUGCAGUGCGGUCUGGCAAGUAG